GCACGCAAUGGGCAACGACUUUCACUCCCUCAGUCAGGGAGUCUUUGUUGUCCCGUUUCAGCCUCCAUCAAACAAAGCUGGGCCAUCCAACUUGCAACCGCUGGACGAGAUCUACGACAAGGCGUACCAACACUUUCAAGCUGCCUACGAUUCGUAUGAAGAGCAGUUUACAGCCGAGCUGCUCGAUGGGAUCAGAUCGUGGUUGGACGAGUGCGACACCCCGCGGCCCCUCAAGGCGCCCUUCGAGGUGCAACGUCUGCACAUUGCCCUUGUCCAAGGCGUCUCGUCGGCUCUGAUCCCAGGCCUCACGUCGACGACUCGACAUGCGGUAACCGUCAACGGACGGGACGUGUCCGACCUUGCGUCGGCGACACGCGCCGUCGCGGUCGGGUUCCUCGGUGAAGCUGCAUUGGCGUCGAAGAAGGCUGGCCGGACCCCGAUGGAGGAAGUCCAGAGGUGGUGGCAGGGUUUGAACGACCGUGACCCGCUCCUCCUGCACAUCCAACAAGCCCAGCUCAUCUCUGCGACUGUUCUAUCUGAACUGAUAUACAUCAUGAACCUCUACCCCAGUCUCCCCUUCCGCCUGUUGCUGGACGUGCCCUCUGUCGGGCACUUCCUAUCGACUUGGACCUUGAUCGAGCCCACUGAAAUCGACCUGAGCAUCCUGACUCUGGGACGGUCAAGAAAGCGCAACGCAGGUGUGAAUGCCAUUCUUCAGGCUGCUGUUGACUCCUCUGUUACUCUACUCAGCGUCACUCGUGAGCUUGCCGAGCAGCUCAAGCGCGACGAGGAGACAAUCGGAGGGGGUGGUGCUAGCACACUCAAGUCGCUCAAGUGGCUUGCGCUUCAGCAUCGCUUCAACUCUCCCCUUGCUGCCUUGGCGGAGAGCGAAAUGACCGAGCAGCAACUGCAAGAUCUGCAAACAAUAGCAGAUGCAGUCAAGGAUGGUCAUCGCGUUCCUGGAGGAGAUAUCUUUGCGCUCGACUCAAACCCCAACCUCCUUACCGUCACGGACCCCGCUCCACGAAUGUCGAUCCUCUCGUCGCUCGCCAAACCAGACACAUUUUGGCCCAUCACAAGCAACGGCGUGGACGCCUCGACCCAGAACUCGGCCGAGGACGAACAAUCAUCAGAGGACGAGGAGGUCGUUACACCUCGCAAGUCUGGUCGAAGCCGCCCCGCGAAUGACUACCUCAAGAUGUCGGGGCAGACGACCAGGAAGAAGAGGAAGCCGCAGCCACAGGCCGAGGGCCAGCCACACGCCGUCAAUGGCGGGUUUGUGGACUUGUCUACCCCGCAGCCUUUCAAGGAGACCGAGACACUAUUCUCCCUGUGGCAGUCAGCGGGGAGGAACGUCAACCUCUGGGACUGGCUGGAAGGCUUCCGAGGGGAGCUCACUGGCGCGGCAAAGGAGAACGGUGACGACGAGGAGGCUCCGGCGUCCGAGCGCCGUAGCAAGCGGAAGCGAGGAGACGAUGAUGAGGACGGUGGCAAGCCCGAGCUCAGCGAGGAGGCGCAGCAGCGUCUUCACGCGGCUUUUAUCCGCUUCGUCGAGGAGGCAAGGAUGCUGGGCUUGAUAGCACUUGCGCUACGAUACAACACGUCACCCCCCGGUCCGACGUUCGUUCCCGAGCUCGAUGAGGUCAUCCUCGCUGCGCGACCCCACCCGGGCGGGUCAAGCCUGCAGCGCGGCGACCUGGUGGAGAUAGUCGGGCCGAGCGGGGCGGGGAAGAGCACGCUGUGCGCGUUCCUCCUCAUGACGACGCUGCUUCCGCGCUCCUUCCAGCUCGUGACGACACAGGGCGGCGAGGCUGUCGACGUGCCAUUAGGAGGGAGGGAUGCACACGCGUACCUCCUCUCUCCGGCCUCCCAUCCACCACUCAUGCCGCGUAUCGAGAGUGCGCUGCGCGCGCACAUCGAGACGCGGAUAGCGCACACACUCGGAGAGAAUAACCAGCGCGGCGACCUCCGCGCGCCGCUCAUCAGCGCCGCGAUCGACGAGCAGAUCACGGCGUCCCUGGCCCGGCUCUACGUCCUCCAACCUCGUCCCCGCGCCAUCGGCUGGACAUUGGCCCUGCAGCGUGUCCGCCGUCCGCCAGAUGACCACCGCACGCCCGACCUCGUCGUGUGCGACGGCUUCGCUGACGGCUUCUGGCCCGAACGGUGGGAGGAGGAGAAGGGCGACCGCCGCCGUGGACCCGGCGGCUCGCGUGUGCGCGGCCUGCCUGACGCCGGGAUGAAGGACGUCUGGGACGCCGUCACGGCCUUGCGGCGGGACACGGGCGCCGUCGUCGUGCUCACUGCGCAGGGCUUGCGGCCGAUACCCAACUCGCCCUUCUUCAAGCCCCAACUGCCAGCCCCGUACCCGUCGCCGUUUGCACCGCGCGGGGCAGAUCCAGACCCUCCAACGGCAUGGCCGCUUAAUAUCCAGCUCACCCUCCUCGGCCCGUCGAGGCCGCUGCAGUACCCCGCCGAGACGACGUUGGUGGACGCUCUGCGUUCUCGCAACCACCCCACACUUCAGGUAUUCGACGCCAUGGUCCGCGUCGUUGGAGGCAAGGGCCUGGCGGGGACUCUGGCGGGCGCCAAGUGGUCGUUUGGCGUCGCGAGCCAUGGGCUGGUUCCCUUUACUCGUGACGAGAGGUAG